GAACACAUCAUUCUUUUAGAAGAUGCCACGCUUUCGCAUCCUUUGCAGCAAGUAGCUGUUAUUCUGCAUUGCUGAUUCAUGCAAGUCCUAGUAGGCAUCAAUGCAAACUGAAGGUGGGAAAAUUAACGUUGAAGAUAACAAUCCUAUGCAGCAAUCUUUGCCAACUUGGGCAAAGUUUGCAAAUGGAAAUAUCAAUAAAACUCAUCAGGACGCUCAGAAUGGGGUAGGCAGGCCUUAUCUAUUUGUGAAAGCUGAACCCAAGGUCCUUGAUGAUGUUUCAGACAUAAAAGGUAUUAAUAUAGACGGAAAAGGCGGGACACCACUCAGCUCAUCAAGCCUGGAGUUGGAGCCUCUCUUGGGUGCAGAGUUUGCAAAAGAAGCUGUUUUCCAAGAAGAGGAGAAAGCUGAAGGUGUUCAUAGUGAAGAGAAGCAACCAAGAAAGAGAAAACGUAAUAUCAUGAAUGAAAGGCAGAUAUCUCUAAUUGAGAAUGCACUACUUGGAGAGCCUGAGAUGCAGCGGAAUGCUGCUAUGUUACAGUCAUGGGCAGAAAAGCUUUGUUCACAGGGAUCAGAGAUUACAGCUUCUCAGCUAAAGAAUUGGUUAAACAACAGGAAGGCUAGGCUUGCCCGAGCCGCCCGGGAAGCUAGAGCCCCUUCUGAAGGGGAGAACACCUAUGACAGUGCUGGGGAAGAACCACACACAUCUGUAAUC